AUGGCACCUGCAAAAAGAAGGCCACUGCACUCAGCAUCGCCAAGUGGCUCCCCAGGGAGUAGCUUUCGCUCGUCUCGCCUGAACUUUCGUCCCAGCCCGGGAAUGCAAGAGGACCGGGGUGGGACAAAGCCCACUACCUCACCGAGUUCAAUAGGUCUCGUUCUCAUGACAAUGCUCCUCCACAUAUGCAAGAAGUCCUUGCUCUUCGACCCACGCCUCAAGGUCGCUGUCUACUGUGGCGCGAUAUUCGUGGUGUCGUUGGUAGCCGAUCUGGCCCCACCUCCAAAAACGUACUUCGCCAGAUCGGAUAACAUUUUCAACAGGUACUUCGUCAAGUGGGGUUGGGGAUGGUUGCUGACAGUGAUGAUACCCUGGGUGCUGUUGACAGGAUACACGACAGCCUGUGGAAAACGAUCGAUCGUUGUCAGGCACCUCAUGAGAAUUGUCCUGGCGACUUUCUUCUGGUUCUUCUGGACGAAGCUUUUCCUCCACGUAGAGACCACAUAUGGGAGAUGCCUGGGGACGAGGGAGAGCGAGCUCCAGAAGAAGACAAAUUGCCUGAGGGCUGGAAAAUUCUGGAGUGGCUUCGAUAUUUCUGGUCACACAUUCAUUCUAAUAUACUCGAGUCUUAUUCUCGCUGAGGAGGGGACAGCCCUCCUUGGCUGGGAGGGCAUCAACGACAUGGUUGUCAAGGAGGAGCACUCCAGGAGUGUACAGGAGAGGAGUGCUAGCCCCUUGAAGGAGCUGACAGAUUGUGAAUUGGAUUUCUUGAAAAUUACUCACAAGGGCUUGAGCCCUUACGUCAGGGGGCUGUUUGUGGGGAUGACCCUGCAGCAGGUGCUGUGGGAUGUCAUGGUGGUGUCAACUAUGCUCUAUUAUCACACCAUGAUUGAGAAAUUCGUUGGGGGGGUCAUCGCAGUGCUGACGUGGUUCGUCACUUACAGGUGGUGGUUCACCCUAAACGAGGGCGGACUGUUGUUACCUGGGGAUGGGAUCUUCAAAUAUAAUGAGACCAGGAAGCCUGUGGGGGCAACAAGGUCUAGGCGAAAUACACUGAAUGGGGUGGGCCCAAGCUUCAUGGGAAUGCCUCUGAGGACUGGGCAGAGAGAGGAGGGGAGGACUGGGAAUGGAGUUACUUCUCGGUGAAAAUUUGCUUCUUAGGGGGUGGGGUUAUUUUUGGAAUUGUGGCGGUUGGGAGAAUUUUUCAGAAAAAACUUGACUCCUACUCGAGGAGUUCUAUUAAUUUUCUACUGAUAUUCUAUAAGAAUUUUAUGAGAAGAGGUAAAAAAAAUCUAGCGAAUGCGUUACGAAAAUCUAUUGGAUUGUUUACCGGUUUUUUGAUAAUGUCAAUAUAUUUUUUUCGCUACUUUCUAUUCAACUUAUGUUCUUUAGAUGUUUUCUAUAGAAUAUCUUUGGCUCAAAUUUUACAACUUUUCUUUCGGGUUUUCUUUUCCUCACAAAACGAAAAAUUUAAUUCUUCUGCAUUUUUUUAAUAGAAUAUCUGCUAUUGAACUUUGCAAGACAAGACUUUGAAAAUUAAUAAUAAAUUCACUAGAAACCCAAAUGAAUUGAAUUGAGUAUCUUAACAAAACUUUCGCUAACCCUCGGCUGACCUGGAGGCGAAGUCAGGUCGACCCAUUUUAUUUACGAGAUUCUCGUGAUUUUUCAUUUUACUAUUGACAAAAAAUCUGAUAAAAAUAAUUCUCAACAAAAAAAAAGAAAUGAAUUAUCUGAUUUCUUUCAUAAACCUGUUAUUGCUGAGGUAUUCAUUCACUUAGAAUAAUGACAAAAAUUGAAACUGGGGAAAAAAUUUUUUUGAUUAAAGAGAUCUCUUGGAAUUUGCUUCCUUAAAAAAAUCUCCCCCUCACAAUCAAAACAAAUGUACUACCACUCAAAAUGUAAAGUUCAAGUUAUUAUUUUUUCUGAAUUGUGUGAAUGCAUAAUUGUCGUUACCAGUAAAAACUCGUAUUUUUCAUAAAAAAAUUCAUGUAAAUUCAUUGGAAUGUUAAUUAAUCUACAUAUUUAUACGAUAAUGGUGGUCAACUAUAGUUAUUUAACUAGUAUUUACGAAUUUUGGUACCGGAGUUGUAUUUAUUGAUAAAUUAAUAUAAAACUAAUAUAAUAAAAAUGUGACAGAAUGUUGACGCUCUCUCCUGUGGCAACACUUGUCAUUAUUCAUUACAAAGAAGUACAAAAACCUAUGAAUAUCGGUAUGGAGAUAGUUCAUUAUUGACUCGAUGUAAUUAAUCUGAGACAAGUGAAUCUAGAAGGAAAACUCCAAACUAGUUCAUAUGAUGAAAAAUCGAGUGAGUUGUGAAUAAAAAUUUAACAGUUGAAUGGA